AGCUGUAGGUAGUUUGUUGCAUUGACUUUUACACCAAGUUGACUGCUCACGCAGACGAAUGUGAACAGGCGCAACCGCGGGCCAAUCCAGAGUAACGCAGCCCCAGAUUACCUAGAUUGAUAGCACGACCGCAUUGCAGCCCUAGUGCCGCUUUCGUCUCUUAGCAGUGACUGGUUCGAAGAUCAAGACCAACAUAAUGGUUCUGGUACAACUACCCACGUCCCUACGCGCAGGGCUUUCAAGGUCCUCCUCCGCAGCUCCAUCAUGGCCACUCUUCUCGACUAUUUUUGGAGCUCCGACCACUCCGAGGGCAAGUUGGAGGGCACCGAGUUCUCCAGGGGUUGACGCGCCACCAGUGGCACUACGGCGCAAUCGUGAUGCGUUUUAUUUUCGACCUGCUGCGAUAACUAAAACUAUUACUAGGGGAAUAUUUUUUGCAACAGGACGAGGGGACAAGAAGAACUCCUCUACAUCUUGCGGUUCUACCACCACCGCGAAAGGAAGACGUGUGUCGCUAAUGUUACCCCCGCAAUUGAAUGAGAGUGAUCUUCUUCUUCCAAGUAUUGCAUUCGGACCCGCGCAAGCAAACGCAAAGUUCUGCAACAUCACGCCCUUCCAAGAACUUUCGAAAAUGCAGAUUUCAUCUCGCAGGUUGUUCAGUUCAUCGCCGCUGUCAGGGACACCGAUACGUACUGGCGCCGCUUCUGGACCUACAGCAACCUCACCCCCGCAAUCUUCUGCGCCAUCGGGAACAGCACGAGAACAUGAACAAGCGACAAUAGACGAUAGUAUUACUAAAAUGCAGAAGAACAUCCAGUAUCCAGUGCAAAUAUGUCUGGGUCUUGAAGAAGAGUAGGACUUGUAAUGGCUGUCUUGCAACAUUCCUGGAAGGCGAAAGCCUGUGUUGCGUGAGCAGCAAAAGAGCAGCUUCCUUUGUCAUACAAAACCGAACUUUGUCAUGCGGGCUAGUCAUGAUCAAAAAGCGUUCCAAAAACUUGUCAUGGUCAGCUGCCAAAAAUGCAAUGCGCAGCAAUCUAUCAUGCGCAUUCAGCAUCACGGGUUUCCAGACCCAGACAUAUUUGCACCGCACAUACAGAACGACGCAGCAAGUCCGAGUACUAGCACAACCACUUCCACCAGCUCCAUCCCCGUCGAAGUCCUGCAGACCCAAGUGACCGACCUGCAGACCCUAUGCACUGCAAAAGUAUCGUACUCGUAUAAAUGCAUUACAAAUUUCCUCAGCAUGAGAAAUAAAAUUUGUAAUGCUGAUUUACCUUGACAAGCAGAUUUGUAAUGCAUGAUUGCAAUACGAGUACGAUACUUUUGCACAGGAUAGACCCGGGUCGAGAAGCUGGAGAAAACAGCUAAGUCUGCCAUAUGGCGUUCGCAAACGCUAUAUUCUCAACUGUUACAUGAAUUUGUAAUGCAAGAAUGCCAAAAGUGCAAGGGUGAAGAUUGCGCCUUUUGCAUUACAGGUUUGGCACAGAUUUAGAUGCUGUUUAAGUAGCCCUUUGGAAAUUUGUCAUGCGAAGCAGCUUGAUGAUAGUGAUACUGAUGAGAGUUUUACAUGACAAAUUCACGCACCACUUGAGAGUGUAACGUUUGAGAACCCCAAAUCCCAAGUCCGCAGGUUUUCUCGCGAGGUUCAUGAGCUUUUUCCAGGAGUACGGUACGCCUUUCAUCAUCUACUUAUCAAGUGCAAAAAUGUCUGGGUCUGGAAGGGUUGAAACUUGUGAUGCAAACUCUGGAACGCACAAAAAUUUGUGUUGCAUGAGCGCCAAAAGCUGCUGUCCAUUUCUUGGCACGUAAGUAGGAAGUUUCUCAUGCGGGACAGGCAUCAUGACGCUUGCUCAAAUCCUGUGAUGCUUUUGCCUGCAUCAGACGCCAUUUGCGUGAUCCGAAACAUGCAUGACAAAUCUCGCAAUCUUCCAGACCCAGACAUUUUUACAUUUGAUACUACUACGGGGUCGCGUAUUGCGGAAUGUUCGUAGGGUUUCUCGCGCUGUUUCAACUAGAAACUAUGCCAGUGCACAACUGCUUCUGUCUCUCCUCAUUUGUUAUGCUGAAAGAACGCAAUUCCAUACGAUGUCGAUGCGUUGCCUGGUGUCGGGACUGACUGGCAUGACAAGUUUCAGCUUCAUCUCGAACAACACUUCUUCUAGGAUCCGCAGGUAGAUUUGUUAUGCAGAGCAUGCAUCUCAUUCUCAUUCUCAUCUCCAUCUGCCACCCUUUCUUGCUAGUUCGCCAUAAAAUUUCAAAUGGGUAGGAGUGGAGGUCAUGAUUGUGCAAUCUGACAGAAAUCCUCCCGGAUCCGUUGGAUUUGCUGGACCAGUUUGGGUUCGAGCUGCCGGAGUCGCUAUCCAAGUUGAAAAUGACCUGUUUUAGUGUGUUAAGUCUGUGUAUGUACAAACACUACAGUAGCGAUGACGUAUGCGUGUCCACAUGUUAGCUGCGCAUGAGGAUGAGUAGCUUUCUUUGUCGUGCAGAGUAAAUUUUUGAUGCUAGCACUGUCCAACUCCAAGAGUGCUAUGCCAACAUGCACACAAUUUUUUUCCUGGAUAGUCGCUGCUCAGCAGGGUCGAACGGGGUGGCGUCGGAGGCGGUGAAGAUGAUAACAACGGGCCUGAUGGAAGAAACGAUGCAUCGGUGGGAACACCCAUAUGGGAUUGUUCUCAACUGUUACAUUCUCAACUGCUAUAUGAUUUGUCAUGCAAAAUGAGCAUCAACAUCCACACAGGGAAGCUACUUCGCAUGACAAAUUUUGGAAAGGCGAAACAGCGCCUAAUUUGUGCGGAAUUUGUCAUGCUAAAGGUGCAACCUCCCUGCUUUGACUUUUGCCAACAUUCUUGCAUUACAAAUUCAUGUAACAGUUGAGAAUGUAACACUUGAAAACCUCAUAACCCAGUCCAAGCAAGCGCCCACUCUCCGAACGUGUCGACCCCUUCUGGCUGCGAGUUUUGGUCUCGUUCGUACUAAACGAGGCGCUCGAGGUACCCAGAUUCUUGCUGGUCGCAGCCACGUUCAAACCGCUGCUGGCACUGUUCCAGAAGCUGAAACGGUAGCUGAACAUGUACAGAAAAGACGCGACGAAAGAUUGGUCUUGACAAGCCCUUGGAAAUGAGUGCUGAAGACAGGGAGGGUGGUCUCUUGAACAGGUCGCGCUGUCGUGAUCUUACUUGGUAAGCAUAAAGUAAAUGCGCAAAAAAACUUUCGCUCAGUGCCUGAGGACUACAAAAAGCCUCGCUUUUGUAGACUACUACACGAACACAGAUCCAGAUGAAACACCGGCUGACCAGCGCCACGUGGUGACUCACUGCUUGAUCUAUGGUGUGUGCUGCUGUGAUGUUUCUUUAUAUAAACGUUGCUGAAGAACUGUUGAGUCGUGAAUUUCUCGCAUCUCGUGUAGUAUCUUCAUCCGUCCUUGCCC